GAAGCACACGUGCUCUACAAAAACAAAUAUUAAGCUUUAAUAAUAUUACGAAUUAACUUCGUAAAUAUUAAAUAAAAUAUCUAAUUCUAAAUCAAAAGUAUAUUUAAAUUAAUAAAUAAACAUUAAAAUGGCCGCUCAAAAUAUUCUAUUGAUGGCUUUCCUUCUCUGUGGCGCAGUGAAAGCACAAAAUUCCAUUCCAGUAUAUUAUAACGACGUAGAAAUACCAGACGGCUGCAGGGACCUGCAGUCCAAGGAACCAAAGUCUGGCGACGAGAACGUAGAGAAUUUCUGCACCCACAUGCCUACCAGCUACCCCCAAAAGUGGAUCGAUAGUUAUGUGGAGCAAUGGGAUAAAAUUAUGGUGCCUCAUCAGCAAUCGAAAGCCUUUCACGGAGUAGAAGAGACACCGUAUGUGAGAGAUGCUGGUUGUGACAUCGGGGACAACAACUGCUGUACGGAAUCUGCGACCCUAAUGCCUUUCUACUUGAAGUCAGAGGACCAAAUGAUGUUGGUUAUCCAGCCCACAUUCUUCCAACAGACCAUCAAAGUAAAGCGUUGCGUGUCUUCAGGGUCCGAGUGUUUCAAAGAUUUGGAUCUGCAAUCGGUUUUCAAGGAAGCCACGUGCGAAAAUGAAAUGGGGACGACCAAACUGUUGGUGUUCAACAGCAAAACCAAUUCAACAGAAAUGAGGGAUCUGCAUUUCCCAGUCGACUGUUCUUGUCACAUUCGUGAUUAACUUAAAUUAUUUUUAAUGCAAUAAUUGUCAUAAAUCAAAUUCGAAUUCCAAAUUUAAAAAUUCGAUUCUCGUUAUUAUCGACUUCUUUAGCUUUUUAUAAUUUGCAAUAUUACUAAAGCAGCGC